AUGGCUACGACAUCGACACUCCAAGCGCCCAAGCGUAAGAAGCUGGUAUACGGAAAGUUGAGCAAGCCCGGUUACAGCGCGUCCAACUUCUUCGACGACGAGGACGAACUCACGACUUCGAAGCCCACCAUUGGGAGCCGCGCGACGGUGAAGGAGUCAUAUACGGUUCAAAAGACUGAGGCCAAGGCUCACCCAGUGAAGCCACCCAAGCAACCGGCAAAACAGAGGGACCCGUUCGAUAUCCCGUCGUCUGAAGAUGAGGCUGCGGAAGUGCCGUCGGUAGCACCGCCAAAGUACAAGCCUGCCCUGGUGGAUGAUAGGCAACGCGGUCACUAUGCAUCUUGGGAAAGGAAAGAAACAAACGGCGCGCAGCGGAAUGGCAAUGGGCGGGUGGGGAAGGCCGGCAAACCUGCAAGCCCCGACGCUCAGCUGAGACGUGAGCUCGCAGGGGCGACAAAAUCGCCUGAGGCCAAUGCAAAUACUGCACGAUCGGCAGAAAGCGUGUCACCUGCUGCGAGCAAAGCUAGUGCUGUCUCGCCUUCAAGUGAUACUGCUGGUCGAAAGGCAACGAGCGCUGCAGCACGCCUAGCCGCACGCAAGAGGCUGGCUGAAAACAACGGAUCCCAGAGUGCCGAAGAGAGCUCACACCUUGGUCUCUCUGUGCCAAAGCGCGGCGGUUAUACUGUGAAGAGCUCAGAAGAAACACCACGGAAGCGAGCAAGAACGGAGUCAGCCGGUAGGGCGGAUGACAACGACAUUGCGAUGGAUGAUGCGCCUGUAUCGCCUCCUACGGAACUCAACGCCGUCAGUGAGAAGAAUGCAGAUGUCGCAGAGUCAAACGUCUACGACUUCCCAGACUCCAGCGAGGAUGAGAGAGUGAGCGCAAAGCCUGCAGUACCACGACAAAGUGCGAAGACAAACGCCAGACGCGGCAAGCUCACAAGGUACUCCCGCACAACGCCACGCAAGGGCCUCUCAGCUCCUGGACGUCUGGCCGAAAUGAUAGCUACUGAUACCGAUACUACUGAAGCUCCUACCAGAUCACCUUCUGUGCCGAGUCGCAACUCCACUCCUCACCAACCCUCGACACCUCCCUCAGCGGGUCCAGGCAGCCCGGAGGCAGCUAGAAGAGCCGUCACAGCUGUGACACCGAAGCAAGCAAACCUUUGGAACAGUCUGCUGCCCAGCGACCCAAUUGCUCCAUCACCCAGUGCGCUGGCAAUCAAGGAUCUCAGCAUUUCUGGCUCUCGGCGCACCAGUAGGAAACCGUCUUCACCGCGCUUGACGAAGUCCCAGUCUGAUGCGCCGCGAAGCCGGACGAGGCUUGUAGAUCGACUCAAAGCAUCGGUCAUGGACUCAGAGAGCGAUCUGAGCGAGGAUAGUGAGGACGAGAUUGAAGUCGCGGACAGCGAGAUGACAGACCAGCCCUCGGUUUCUAAACUACCCAAAGCCGCACAGCCGCCGAAGAUCCAGCGGCAGACAUCUUAUUCGCAGAGUCAGUCUCAGACAGCAGUCACCGGACCUAAGAUCACUUACUCUAGCAUGCGGUCGUACCUGCCGGAAGACAAUAUGGAAGCUGAUCUCAUGCUCGGCCUUGAUGACGAGCCGCCGCCUCCAGCAGCGGCCACGAAGCGUACAAUUUCAAGCCAGACCCAAAAGUCUGCUUUCGAUUUUGAUGACAGCGAAGAUGAUGAGGGUCCAGGCAAAAUGCGGUCGAUUCACGAGCUGCGCGCAUCUGGAAGCAAUGCUCGAGGUAUGGGCGACAUUGACGACCUUCUGGACGACAUCGCAAAGCACAGUGUUGCCCAAAGAGGGAUGAGGCGGACAGCGAUUACUAGUCUCGCCGCUAGACUCAUGGACAAGUCGUUCAAGAGUCGCUUUGUCGGCCAGAGCUGCGAAUCACGACUGGCAGCAGAGUGCGGAGCUUGUCCGGAUGCUAUCGCAGACUUCCUCCUCGCGUCUUGCGUCGCUUUGCUUCUGGAUACGAAUUCUCCAGAGCAUGUCGUCCGGUCGUUCCAAGAUGCCGAGAUCGUGGUCUGGUUGACCAUGCGCUUGUCAAGCGAGACACCCAUGGCCAAGCUUGCGAAGGACCGAAAGAACAAUAUGUCGAAGUCAGCACAGACCUCGCUACUGGAGUUCUCGGAGAGGCUGCGGACGCACACAGCUCUUUGGCAUGAGAAUGUGCCUGCCAUAGUGACGCCACGGCUUGUCUCGCUUCGAGCACUGGACCUGCUGGUGCGCGCUUUGAGGCGCAUAGGCGACAGAUCUGAGUUACUCGGCGAAAAACAGCUGCAGACGAUCCUCCCGGACAGCAGCGACGCGAAGGACCAGGCAUAUCAUCUGGAAUUGGCUCUAGCCGUAUCCGUUCUGGAGUCGCUGUCUACGGCAGCGGUAACACUGGAGUGGCCUACAGAAGUCGUUGAAGAGAUCAGUAAGAUCUUACCAACUCUUAACGCCACUUCCACCAUGCUCCGCGAUACACGGUUCCUUGCCCUUCGACUUUGCCUCAACCUCACAAACGAAAACGCCAGGAAUUGCGAGCUUCUUUCCAAGAGCGACAACGGAUCGACCACAACAUAUCUGUUACAAUCCAUCCAAAAAGGCUUCGGCAAUUUGGGGCAUGAGGAAGAUGCGCAGAAGAAGAGCAUUGUUCUAGACUUCCUCGUCCUUGCUCUCGGCAUCAUGAUCAACCUCAGCGAGCACAGCAAUGAAGCUCGAACGCAGGCUAUCUCGGAGCCAGAACUUCUCGAUUCUCUCCUCAGCAUCUUCCAGUUCGGCCAACGACAUAUGCUAGAAGCCGAAUCAGAAGAGGAGUCCAUCGCCAACGUCACCUUCGGCUACCUCGCCGUAAUGCUCGCGAACCUCUGUCAAAGCAAAGAUGCGAGAAUCUUCAUCGCCUCAAAGCUCCCAGGCCAGAAUCUGCGCAUGCUGGUAGACGCCGUGGAAGAGUUCGUAGCGCACCACCAAAAAGUCGACACGCUGAACUUCGAAGGCGAAGAAGGGAAGGAAGUCUGGGGCGCCUUUACCGCGAAGCUAAAGGUAGUGCUAGGGAGGUUGAAGGAGGUGGAGGCAGGUGGAUGA